UCUGCAAUAAAAACGGCAACGAAAACCAUACCACUGCAGUCGCUGGUUAGAACUGAUCCAAUGUCGUGGAACAUAGAUGAGCAACAUCGCUGAGUAAUCCAUGCUAGCACCGAAGAACAGAUAAUUUUAAGGCAUCAAAUAAGACACUUCAUUCAGACGCUGACACCCAUAUGGUAAUUAUGAACGUCUCCAACGAAUCAACGCCUUCACUAAGCCCUCAACCUCCUCCUGGAAUAACCACGUUCACACGGACAACAUACUCUAUUCUGUCCGUCGUCGCUAUAAUUGGGAACAUCUUGGUUAUUCUCGUCUUUGUGGGGAACAAGGAUCUACUAAAAAAAUCCUACAACAUAUUAAUUCUGUCUUUGGCCAUAUCUGAUGUUCUCACUGCUCUGCUGCUCAGCACAAACCCAGCUUUUGUCCUUGGUGACGCGUUUCCUUAUCCAACAAAUCACAUCAUUGGCGACAUCUUCUGCCGUGUAUUGUGGAGUCGUACGAUUCUGUUCCAGCUGGUGGUUUUCUCCGCCUACAUCUGUAUGGCUUUGGCAACUGAGCGGUGGUAUGCAGUGGUCAGACCAUAUAAGUACAAAGAGAUCUUUAACAAGAAGCGAACGCUCGUUUACAUCUCCCUCGUGUGGCUGUGGUCAUUUCUCCUCUGUGGCACAUCUCUGUUCGAAGUUGCGUAUGUUCCCACGGAGCCAUUGAAUCGCCGCUGCAAAUGGAAAUUGUUCUGGGGUAAACAACAAGUGCGCAGUAUUGUUGCAAUCAUUCAAGUCCUGUUCAAAAUGGUGCUCCCAUGCCUGACCAUGUUGUGUCUGUUCCUUCACAUGGUUUACAAGGCAGGCAGGUCUACAGUCGCCUCAGCUGAAAGCAAAGCUAAAUUGCGCGGGAAAAUGACGCGGAUGGUCGGCGCCGCCUGCUUCAUGCUCAUUGUGUGCUACGCGCCAAAUCAAAUCAACUACGCGCUGGCAAUGGCUGGAAAAGCACGACUGGAUAGCGAACUGCACCAUGGUCUCUCAAUUUUGGUAUUUGUCAACAGCUGUGUGAAUCCGUUCAUAUAUGGGUUGAGCAACAAGAAUUACCGCAACGGUUACCUCAGAAUCAUGCUCUCAGUCUGUUUUAAAAUCAGUGGAAGAAUAAACAGCAACCGAGUAACAGAUGGAAGCAACGGUACUGCCAUCACAGCAGUUUCUAUGGUGGAAAGUGCGAGGGAAAAUUCAGCUUAAAGAGAAAAACACUCAUGUGAAAAAUAAAGUCAAAUGGAGUAAAAUUACUUUUAAAUUCAAAUAAUUAACUUGAAAAUCAAAUUCCUUCAAAAAGCAUGCGUAGCGACCGCUGUCGUCUUCGCAAGCUUAAUAAGUAGGGUGCACAGCUACCAGUCAUUUCUCAAUGUCUAUAAGGAAUCUUAAAACGCUUCAACUAAAACUGCGGUUAAAACCGUUGAUCCCAGAAGAAUACGACCUUGGUUGUGUGGGCAAAUGAAAAAGUCGAAAAGACGAGGCUAUUUUUCACCUCCUCAGGUCAUCAACAUGCAAUUUAUCCUUACCAUUUCAGUUUAUAUUCACUGGCAAAGCGAUGAUGAGAUCGAAAAACUUUUUUGAAUGGAGAAUGUUAUCUCGAAAUGACAAUAACUUUGUUUAAUUACUCUACGAAAAAAUGCCUAGUUCCUAAGAGGGAGAAUUAUCAGCCAGAACUUUGAUUCAAAUUAGGUAAAGGGCAAAGGGAUGACCACGGAACUCUUGUUACUAAUACAUGGUUUGAUAGCAAGCUCUCUCGCGGGGUGCAGGCGGAAGAAGGAGAAGAGAAGGAGAGAGGUCAACACUAUUCACACAUAACAAAGAUGGUUGCAUUUAGUUCACCUGCCCAGUUAUGAUUUAUAUUAUUAGGCUUGAUGUCUACAGUCUACACGGUCCAUGGUUACUUGAGUCAGUUGGAUUCACUCUUUGAUAGCCUCUUUGAAAACUGUCCGAAAAAUGUAUUCAAAUUUUUUUUUUUUAUAGUUUUUCAUAUCUAACUUAUGCAUAUUUAGCGAUAGUUGCAUGUCGGGCAUGUCCUCUUCCUCCUCAGUACGACUUUUCUGUUGCCAAUUAAGUGAAUGGAUAGGAAAGUAUCUAGUUCUGCUGAAAGGUUGACUGCCCUCUCACAUAGUUCAGCAGGUUUUGAAGGCUCUGUCCUAAAUUCAGUAAUAUUUAAAAGAGCUGCAUAACGGAUGUACAGGCCAGCUAGAUUUUAGAUGGAGUAUUCCCCUGAUGUUUCAUUGCUAAGAUAGUGGAGUACGAGGAUACCAAGCGGACACGAAUUUAGAACUAAAUAUAUUAUGUAAGUGCCACCAAUUGUCGCUGAGGAAAGGGUAUUGAUUAAUACAGUGCAGUGAAACUUA